CGACGGCCGCGGCGCGCAUGCGCGGCGUCGUGGACGCGGGCGCGCGGAACGUCGCGGAGCUCAGGAGGAAGGGCGACCCCGAGGUCGACGAGCUCGUGUGCUCGACGACGAUCGUGCAUAAUCAGUUGAUCAACCUCGUCGCGGAAGACAACGCCAUCGAGGACACAAUCUAUCACCUCCACCGCGCACUCAACUCCGGCCGCAUGGACCUGGAGAAAUUCAUCAGGACCGCGCGCGCACUGGCUGAGGAGCAGUUCAUGAAGCGCGCUCUGAUCGAGAAGAUCCAGGCCGGGCUGCCCCCAGGAGACUCCGACAUGCGCUGGACGACGCCGGCGGAGUGGAGCUAGCCAGCCACUCCGACCGAACGACAGCGGAGGGCGACUCGGGCACCCCUGGGGACUCGCGUGACCGCCCAGCAGGCAGUAGGGUGCCCGUCCGCGGAUCUGGCUACGUGGUUUGGUUCAGGUAGUAGGGAAGCGGCGCGGGGUGGCAGGUUCUGAUAGGCUGUACCGCUCCGAUGAAUCGAGACCUUCCUGACUGACGCUGCUGCGUGGGACGAUCAACGAUCCUCUGGCACCAUUGGGACACACUGUGCAGGAUUCGCAGAGUGGCUCGCGGG